CAAGAUUGUUCACAGAUGAAGUCUACACAUCUCUUAACCUGUUUAGGGUUCUCUGUGCUAAUAACCGCACUUAUGAUUCACGUGGCGGCAGAUCCUGACAAUAUGGCAGCCUGUCAAAAGACCUUUCUACCACUGUAUCUCCGACAAGUGUGUGCCACUGCAACAUCAGAGAUACGAGGUGACGAAGCACAGCCAUCUAAAAGCACAAUCAGGGAUGUUGUCCCACCUCGCCGAAGACCUAUCAACCCAGCAAUUCGAUUCGGGAAACGUUCAAAGAAAACGCCAGAUUACCUCACAGUUAAGAUAUUUAGAAUAUUCAACUACAUCUACUCGAAUAUCUUCCACGAGAAAAAAGAAGAAUAGAGGGUGAUAAUGUAUCUAAUUUAAGGACGUCGUUGUCAGAUACACUGUGUUUAGGCCACCUAGUUAGUGUAGACACCUCUUUAUCCUGGUGGUAAUUUACAUUUAUGUUGUUCAUUACCACAAGUUCAUUGUUAAUAUCUUAACAUUUCAUCAUACAUGUUCAUCUAAGCGCUUGAAAUUACUAAUAUAGAAUAAACUCACAUUUAGCUCAUAAUCAUUUAAAUAUUAUAUAAUUGCAACAUUAA